GCGUAAUUGAUUUUAUACGAUGUGUCGCAGAAAUACGUGGUUUUUGUGCAAGUUUGGUGAUUAAACGUUUCGCUAUAAAUAUCCCGUGUGUUGUGCGGAGUGAUACGCUGUGGGGGCAGUGGCUGGGAGAACUCUGGAUUCAGCGUAAACAAACGACAUUUACAGUGAAGCCGCCGCCGAGAGCGCAGCUCCGAAACCCUCGUUGUUGAAAGGAUGAAUAGAGGUUCCCUGGUACUAUGGCAGACAGACAGAGCUGGCACCCCACAGCCUUCCAGCAAUGGACGUCAAUGUGCAGUCAACUACAGACCCAUGCUGCGAGCUCUUCCACGAGUCGCCGCGGCAAGCCUCGAGCACUAAGUUCGCAUCCCGCAGUUUUCUGCUGGAGUUUCCACAAGUUACAAUCAUGUUGGGCAGCGGCAAAUCACCAUCCACCAGUCCCAGGGAGCAGAAGAAGAAAGCGGCUGAGAAGACGGCGGACCCCAUCAGGAGGCUCGGGCUCCUGGAAAAUGAGGACGUACACAUGAUGAUGCAGGGCUCCAGCAUGGUGAAAAUCCGCUCAGCACGGUGGCAGAAGAGUCGAAACCUGCGGCUGCUGGAGGACGGACUCACCGUGUGGUGUGAGUCCACCAAGAGCUCCCGUAAAGCCAAAGCCCAGCAGACAUUUGCAGUGACAGAGGUGGAGUGUGUCCGUGAAGGCUGCCAGUCGGAGAACCUGAGGCGCGUGUCUGCGUCAGUGCCUGAGACCCGGUGCUUCACAGUGGUCUUCAGAGGACCCAGGAAGAGCCUGGACCUGCUGUGCACCUGCGAGGAUGAAGCCCAACGCUGGGUGCGGGGGCUCCGUACUUUAAAGGAGCGAGUGGCCAACAUGACUCAGAAGGAAAAACUAGACCAUUGGAUCCGAGGCUACCUGAGGCGAGCAGAUCAGAACCAAGACGGCAAGAUGAGCUACGACGAAGUCAAGCGGCUGCUGCAGAUGAUCAACAUUGACCUGAGUGAGCAUUACGCCCGCUGUCUAUUCAAGAGGUGUGACCGGUCCGGUGAUGGCCGUCUGGAUCAUAUAGAGAUUGAGGAGUUCUGCAGGGAGCUCCUGCGACGGCCCGAGUUAGAUGCCGUGUUCAGACACUAUUCAAGUAACGGUUGCGUGCUCUCCACUGCUGAACUGCGUGACUUCCUGGGAGACCAGAGCGAGGACGCUUCGUUGAAUCAUGCUCAGAGUCUCAUCCUCACCUAUGAGCUCAAUGACUGGGCUCAGAAGAACCAGUUCAUGACCCAGAAUGGUUUCACCAUGUACAUGCUGUCAUCGGAGAACGAUGUGUUUAACCCUGACCAUACCAGAGUCUAUCAAGACAUGAGCCGCCCCCUGGCCCACUACUUCAUCUCCUCCUCGCACAAUACUUACCUAACCAAGGAUCAAGUCACCAGCGCCAGCAGCACGGAGCCGUACAUCAGGGCUUUGAAUCAGGGCUGUCGCUGUGUGGAGCUGGACUGCUGGGAUGGAGACAAAGGUGAACCUGUCAUCUACCACGGCCACACCCUCACCUCCAAAGUGCCCUUUAAAGAGGUCAUUGAAACCAUCGCCCAGUAUGCCUUCAAAGCGUCCCCAUACCCUCUAAUUCUAUCCUUAGAGAACCACUGUUCCGUGGAGCAGCAGGCUGUGAUGGCUAAACACCUCCGCACCAUCCUCGGCAGCAAACUGCUCACAAAGCCCCUCAGUGACAGCCCCCUGAAAGAGCUGCCUUCUCCUGAGGAGCUGAAGUGCCGUAUUCUGGUAAAGGGGAAGAAGCAGAUUCCUCACCUGGGCCAGCUGGACAAAACAGGCAGCAGUGCCAGCUUCUCCUCAAGCUCCGAAGACGAACUAGCGAUGGGCAAUAAGAACACACCCAAGAGGGAUCCUGCAAGGGUCUGUUCUAAACUGAGCCCCGAGCUUUCAGAGCUGGUGGUGUAUUGCAGGAGUGUUCCCUUCUGUGGGUUUGAAAAUACAGCAGAAAAGGCGCCAGAUGAAAUGUCCUCCUUCUCAGAAAGUGAUGCCCUCAGGCUCAUCAAAGACUAUGGAAAGUUUUUUGUUCGACACAACAGCAGGCAGCUGAGCCGGAUCUAUCCCUCCGGCCAGCGCCUCCAAUCAUCCAACUAUGAUCCCCAGGAAAUGUGGAACGGUGGAUGCCAGAUGGUGGCUCUGAACUUCCAGACAGCAGGGGAGCAGAUGGAUCUGAACCAGGGUCGCUUCCUACCCAACGGUCAUUGUGGAUACAUCCUCAAACCCAGCUUCAUGUGCACCCCCACAUCCAACUUUAACCCAGAGAACACAGGAGGAGGCCCCGGUCACAUCCCCACCCAACUGAUUAUACGAAUAAUAUCCGCACAGCAGCUGCCAAAAAUCAACACAGAAAAGGCGAGUUCCAUUGUGGAUCCACAAGUGUGGGUGGAAAUUCAUGGGGCGGCUAUCGAUAAUGCAAGAAACAAAACGCAACGCAUCGACAACAAUGGUUUCAACCCAAGGUGGGACUGCACACUGAGCUUUCAGCUGCAAGUCCCUGAACUUGCCCUGGUGCGGUUUGUGGUGGAGGAUCACGACCACACGGCAAAAAAUGAUUUUGUGGGACAGUACACCUUACCUUUCACAAGUCUCCGCACAGGUUAUCGACAUGUUCACUUGUUCAAGGCGGACGGCUCCAGCCUGUCGCCUGCCACACUCUUUGUCCACAUCAAAGUGAAACGCAGAGGAGUUCCUGUCAAAACUGUGUCAGAGCGAGUGGCCAUUGCCAAAGGCAAAGUGUGACGUGCAUCCGAACAAAAGCGAUGUGAUUAUUAGGAGGGAGAGAUUAAUGCUCCAUUUCUCAGUCCAUACCUCAAGUGGUCCAAUUCCCAAUACAGAAAGAAAAGGUUGUUUAUCUGAGCUGAAGAAGCAUGAACUGCUUCAAACUGGAUAAUUAUUCCAUUUUACACAGUGGGUGUAUCUGGUCAUGUCAGUGCUCUAGAAACACAGCACUGAUGGUUCAUGAAUAUGAGACUCUUUUACAAGAAUGGGUAAAUGUUGUUGACUCUAUGUAGGAGGUUAAACCGAACAGUAUACGUUGGACAGACUAAAAGAUGUUUUUCCAUCUUCAGUCAUCUGUAUUUUUUGACCUGACAAACACUUUAACAUGUUUAUACUUAAUAACUUAUUAAAGCAUAGUUCCAAAAAAAGUAGUACUAACUUAAAGAAAUCUAAGAACUACUAACUGUGUUUAACAGAAAUGACAAUUAUUGUUUUUUAAACUAUUGUUUCAGAGAUAACUGAUUUAAUGAUAUGUCCAUGAUUUUAGUGUAUACUAUAGUCCAUGAAAGUUGAGCAUAUUCAAUGUCUUAUAGUUAGUCUUACUUUUGCUUUCUCUCAGGAGGAAGACUUUUAUUUUUUCAGACAAAUGACGGAAUAUUUCCACAAUUUACAAAGGAACUUGAAAAACAAACAGUAUUAACGUGCAGAUGUGCUUAUGUUUACUUGUGCUCUUAAAAUGUUCACUUAUUGUAUUUGCUUCAGCAGUAUUUCACAAGUGCUUCAGUCAAAUUGAGUUUGACUUUUUCUCUUUGUAUUGUUUUUGCUUUUGUUAUUAUGUCAAUUUUUGCGAUUAUUUUCUAAUCUAGUAAAUUAGAACUCGAAUUUCAGUGCAGCAAUCCAAUACGUAAAAUGCCUUGGUAAUUAAAAGGUGCUGCACAUUAAUUACUGUAAUGACAGUUUAUAUAAUAUAUGGUCAGAUGUGUUUCAAUAAUAAUACUACUUUGUAACAAAUGGUGCUUAAAGAGCUUACGUCAUGUGAGAGGCAGUUGUUAUACUGUGUACAAGAGAAAGUACUGUUUUCAUAAAAGGACUAAUUACA